CAUACUCGUCGUGUGAGAUAUUGAUUCCCUAUGUAAUUUCAUCUUCGACCAUAAGCGAGAGGAAAGGGACCUAGACCCGUUUUAGCCGUCAUACUUCACUGUGACUCCUCGGAUUAGUCCCCACCAACCAAAAUAGAGACGAUAUAGGACUCCAAAAAGGCCGCAAGACCACCUGAGCCCACUGCCUACCGCGACGCUCUCGAAGACAUGUCAAGGUUGGAAAUGCUGCCAGACGAACUGGUGGUGGAGAUUCUCGACCACCUUGUUGGACUGAGAACGCCAGAUGAGCACGUAGCGCGCGGACUCUGCGGUCUCAGUCGAGUAAGCCGCCGAUUGCAUCACCUCGCUACCCCUUACCUCUAUUCGAUCUACUCCUUCUAUCAUGGACACCCAUUCAACUUCCUGCACUCGAUAUCGACAACGCCGGCUUUGGCUGCUCAUGUCAAGGCCAUCCAUUGGGAUCACACCGUCGACAACUCAAUUACCCUGCCGUACAAACGCCAAAGUUACCAAUUAGACCGAACGCCCACCAUCAGGAAACUACGGGAGCUGGGAACGCCGUGUGCGGAGGACCUAGUGAAAGUGCUACCGUCUAUCAAGGACGAGGCUGCUCAACAAGUGCUAGACGCGGUCCUCAUGUUCACCCCGAAUCUGGACCAUCUGAUCGUUAGCGAGACGUUUCGAUGGGAUGGCCAUGUGUACUGGUUCAGACCCAUCCUCCAAGAUCCGCACCGGUUUGGCCACCUCAAAUCAGCCUUCAUCCACGGUCCCAUGAGGAUAGAGAAUAUCGCACCGCUCCUCACUCUUCCUUCGAUGCGCCAGCUUCAUCUCACUCAAAUCAUCACUAUGCGUCAGAAGCCCGGUCAAUCUUUCGAAUGGGAGGCGCCUGGCGAAAGAUUCCGCGAAAUUACCGAAAAGAACAGCUCGCCUAUCGAGCAUCUCCAUCUCCUCGCCUCUUUUCUCAGAAUGUCAGAUUUAAAAUGGCUACUGCGCGCUUUCCAGGGCCUCAAGUCCUUCGUUUACGAGCAAAAACCCCAUGUGAUGCACGGCCCCUUCUUUCGCGAUGCUUACAUGGCCGGCAAAUGGAGCAGUCACCGUUACAUGUCGCUAUCCACCCACUUGGACCCCCACAAGCAUUCACUGGAGUACCUGCGACUCGAAGACGCGUUUAUGCUCCUGGAAAACCUCACUAGAGUCCUCAGCAGGGAGCCUUUCGAGAACCUGCGCACUCUCCAUGUCGCACAAGUCCCGUGCUACGCCAUCCCCCCCGAGGAGAUCUCACAAUUCGUAAACUCCAUCCCCGCGUCCUUAGAGUCUCUGCGCAUAGUUUCACGCGAGUCCACUUCGUUCUGGCCAGGACAAAUCAGCAGCGUCGACAUAUUCGAGAGGGCGCUAUACCUCAUAGCAAAGCGUGCGAAGGAAGGCGAGCUGCCUAAUCUGAUGAAUGUCGCUGUUGUUGAUUGGCAUCCCUGGCACGGAACUUUCCCGCCGGAUGUGCACCGAAUCAAGAGCGUGUUUGCGGAAGCCAGCGUCCAAUUUGACAGCAUGGCGGCUGUGAUUGAAGAAACUAAAGACGACAUAAGUUAUCUUGAGGACGCUGAACUGGGUUGGCUGCUCGUUGAAGUACCGGAGGGCAUCGCGAGGCGGCUCAGCUCAUGAUUGAUAAGAUAGAUCGCAUGUCAAUCAUCCACUUUUCCACACGUCUAGCUUUAUAGCGAUCUAGUGUUUAUUGGGCCAGCCAUGUGACAACUCGACCUCAGACAAGAAUCAAUCAAUUCCCCUGCAAUCUCCUCAUCCGCUCCUCAGCCGC